GAUAAGCAUCAAACAAUAUUUCCGAGUUUCUGAUUUUUCUAGUCUAAUUUAUUGGUCUGCCUAGUGCCUAUCUACUCAACGUUAGGCAACUGCAGCGUUUUUGUUUGCUACUGUGCAAUUGUUCAAUACUUCAUUAAUUAACUUUUAAUUUUUUUUUGUUUUAGUUAAAAUAGUUAACUGCUAUUUUAUACAUUGUUAAUAUUUUUAUUACUUUAAAAAUUAUUAAAAUUUCUACAAAUGGAUAGUAAUGAUUUUAUUGAAGAAGAUCAACUUGAACCUUCUCUACAAAACGUUAUCAACCAGAGUAGUUUGAAAUGGAUUUUUGUUGGUGGAAAAGGAGGUGUUGGUAAAACAACUUGCAGUUGUAGUUUAGCUAUUCAAUUAGCUAAAGUUCGUGAAUCAGUUCUUCUAUUAUCAACUGAUCCAGCACACAACAUUUCUGAUGCUUUUGGACAACGAUUCACCAAAGCCCCCACUAAAGUCGAAGGUUUCAAUAAUUUAUUUGCCAUGGAAGUAGAUCCCGAUGUUCACAGUGAAAACGAAAAUUUAUUUGGAAGUGAAGAUGAAUCUGAUACGAUGCGAUUAGGUAAAAGUAUUAUACAAGACAUUAUUGGAGCAUUUCCAGGUAUUGAUGAGUCGAUGAGUUAUGCUCAAGUGAUGAAGUUGGUUAAGAGUAUGAACUUUUCAGUUGUCGUGUUUGACACAGCUCCUACUGGGCAUACUUUGAGACUACUGACUUUCCCUUUAAUGAUGGAAAAAGCCAUAGGAAAAAUAUUGGAGUUGAAAAAUAGAAUAGGUCCUUACCUUAAUCAAAUGAGUAUGCUUUUUGGAGCUGGUAUUAAUUUAGAUGAUAUUUCACAAAAACUUGAAGAAAUGUUGGCUACCAUUAAGACAGUUAAUCAACAAUUCAAAAAUCCUGAUCAAACUACAUUUAUUUGUGUAUGCAUUGCUGAAUUUUUGUCAUUGUAUGAAACAGAAAGGCUUAUCCAAGAAUUAACCAAAAAUGAAAUUGACACCCAUAAUAUUAUUGUUAAUCAAUUGUACAUUAACAAUGGAGAUUCCGAUCCGAGUUGUAAAAAGUGUUCUUCCAGACGGGCUUUACAGCGCAUCUAUCUAGAACAAAUAAGUGAUUUGUAUCUUGAUUUCCAUGUUACUAAGCUUCCAUUAUUAGAAAAGGAAGUACGUGGUGUUACUGAUAUAUCAGAGUUUUCUAAAUAUUUAUUGGACCCAAAUUAUGCUUUUAAUAAAAACAAAUAGAAAAUAGUGUUCUAUAUCUUUUUUUUGUUUAGCUUAAAAAACAUUUUUCAUAAUUGUAAUAUGUACAUCCAAAAACAAAUAUUUUAUUUGUUACUGUUAUAUCAAUAUUGUAGUUAAAAUGUUUUGAUUUUAUUUCAAGCUAACUUGUAAAAAAAGAUAAUGAAUAAUAAUUACAGUUCAUUGAUCAUUCUAAUUAAUUUAAUUGAUUACUAAACAAUAAAUAAUAAUAUGUUGUUAAAUGUAAACUAUUUGCAAUAAAACUACACUUAUUAUUAUACUAUA